GAUUCAGAGGUUCUACUGGAAGGAGGCUGAGCAACGCUCCGCGGUGUGGACAGACCACCUCUUAUUUGCUCCUCUGCUGAUGGACACCUGGGUCACAUCCACCUCCUGGCUAUUAGGAGCGAUGCUGCUGGAAACGGGGGUGGACUGGACCCACCGUCUCAGUGAGCGGCAGAGUCUCUGCGGAUGUGAACACGGGCUCUCUCCCCGUGCACAGACCAGGAGGCCCUCUCAGCCCACCUCUGCUUCUUCGCUCUUCCGUCCGUACCCAGGUCCACCCUGCAGGCCCCGGGGUCCCACGGAACAGCAGGAGCAGGGCCGUGAAGCUCCCAGCUUCCUGAGAGCAGUGAGCUCUGGGUUGCCGGCUUGGGGAGGGCAACGUCCCUCCUCCCACACUCCCCUGUCCCCAGACCCCAGACCCCAGGGCCUGGCCCAGUCUCCUGAAGACGUUUGCCAGCUGAGUCUCUCCGAGGUUCUCUCGGGGUCAAAUGUGAAGGAAGUUUGCAACCAGAGGAGGGCAGCGUGUCGGAUGGCAGCUGAGGGGCCAGGCUGGGGGAGGGCUGAGCCCCGACCCAGGACCGCGACAGGGGACAGUCACAUGAACAGCCUCGGCCUCCACACUAAGGCUCCUCAGGGCAACUGCUUGCCAGGCCUGGGGAGGGGCCUCCUGCAUCGUUGGAGUCAGGACCCCAGAGUGACUUUUCUGGGUCACACGCAACACGGGCACAUUUUCAAAUCAACUCCAAAGUGACAAAGAGCAUUGAAGGGAAAAUUGACACGUUCGGCUGAAUAACAAAUAAGUGCCCUGUCCCAGCCUGCCCUGCUGCAGGAUGGCCCAAGGCCUGACCCUGUCCGAGGCUUUGCAGAUCGGUCCUGUCGGUGGCUGGACUGCCCCGGGACAGGCUGAGGCCCCUCAGGUCCAGCCCCAAGGACCCCCUCCCUGAGGAGAGCGCUCCCCAGCCGAGUAGCAAGUAGCAAGCUGCCAAAACGUCUCCUUGGUUCUUGCAGGUGUUUGGAGUUCAGGUGAGCUGCCUUCUCCUCCGUGAGGACAGUUCAUCUCUCGGGGCAGGAACAAGGGCUCGGAGAGGCUGCCCAGGGUCCCGCAGCUGACCACCCGGGGCCAGCUUUCUGUUUUCCUCCUGAGUAUGUUGUCUUCUCCCCUUUCUUCCUCCUUCUUGUCUCCCUGUCCUUUCAAGCCAACUGUACAUUCCUACAACCUCCUGUCCUUCCCACCUUGUCCAUGGGGGAGGGUCAUGGAGGGGUCAGUGGCCUCCAAAGUUCACUGGCAGGGCCUCCUGUUUGAGGGAGACAUGGGGCGUGGGUUGGGGCCUGGUCUCCUGAUGCCCUCUGUGAACUCCACGGCGGUGAUUGGCAGGUCGGGCUGUGGCAGGGACCCAGCCUCCGCUGGGGGUCAGAUCCCACUUCAUGCUUCUCCUAGUGACUGAACCCAGAACAGCCCUGGAGGCAGGGUGCCGGGGCCUUGUUCAGUGCUGUGUCCACUCCCUUCCCAGCUCAGGAUGACCACUCAGCAGGACCCGGGUUUGUGAAGGAAUUAGAGAAUACCCUUGUAAAAGAUGCACGCCAGGCAGGAGGGCAAGAGGGGAACCUGUCCAAACAUGCAGGCUGGUGUGCCUAGCAGCUCAACUCACAAGAGCCAAGCUGCAGAGCCAGCUGAGGUGCCUCCCACAGACGAAUGGAUGAAGAAAAUGUGGUACACACACACAAUGGAAUAUUACUCAGCCAUAAAGAAGAAUGGAAUGAUGGGAUUUGCUGGUAA